CUCAACACACCAUCUCUAAGCCAAAUAAUCUGUGUUUAGCUCAUGCGAAAACAAAAAAAAAAUUUAAUUUGUUUCUGAAAAUGCAAAGCUAUUGCAUAUUCUAAAAGUGCUUGCUUCUUAAUCAACAACAACAACGCAAAGUGGUGUGGGUUAAUGUGUAGUGAGUGAGUUAGUGUGUGUGUGCGUGCAAUGAUGCCUUAUAAUGCGCGUGUCGGUGGCGGCAGCAAUGCCAUGGCACGUGAAUACGCCGGAGGAAGUAUCAAUGGCAUUUUGCGCAAAACCGGAUCCGCUGCAAUGGCAGCUGGAGCCAACAAUGGUGCUAACGGAGCGUCUACGGCGUAUGGUGGGGCGGCUACUGCUGCUGGUGCCGCUGGCGCAGAUGCACGCCAACCCGCUGUGGAGCUGCUCGUGUUUGGCUAUGCCUGCAAAAUAUUCCGUGAUGAUGAGAAAGCUCGCGAGAUGGAUCAAGGCAAGCAGCUGAUACCCUGGAUGGGCGAUGUAAAUCUCAAAAUAGACAGAUAUGACGUACGUGGCGCAUUAUGCGAACUGUCAUCAUAUGAGGCGCCACCUGGUGGCUAUGGAAAUCGCCUGGAAUACCUGACGGCCGACGAGCAACGGGCCGAGCAGCUGUGCGAAGAGGAGCGUUAUCUGUUCCUCUACAACAACGAAGAAGAGCUACGGCUGCAGCAAGAGGAGGAUCUGAAGCGAUUGCAGCAGGAAACCUCUGGCGGUAAUUACAGUCAAGUGGAUUUCCACUACGAUGGACAGUCAACUUCAGCAAAGUCGACUGCUGCAGCAGAUGGAGCAGCAUCACCAAUGCCGGAUUCAACGACACCAACCGAUGAAUCCGAAUUGCCCUUUACGUUGCCCAACAAUCUGCUCGUGGCUCCCAUGCCGGGCAUACAGCUGCCGGAGACGAUGAAGCAGCAUGCCAUCAUUGAGAAGACAGCGCGUUUUAUUGCCACUCAGGGUGCUCAAAUGGAGAUCCUGAUCAAGGCCAAGCAAGCGAAUAAUGCUCAGUUUGAUUUUCUAUCGCAAGGCGGCCAACUGCAGCCAUAUUAUCGCCAUCUCUUGGCCGUCAUCAAGCAGGGCAAGUAUGCGCCAUCUGUAGAUACAGUUGCCGAGAAGACGAGUACAAGUGCCGAUGGCAGCGCGUUGCCGCCGAGUCCCAAGCGAAGCAAUCAAGUGAUCACAGUGCCCAUCAUCAAGUACAAACCGUCGGCCAAUUGCGCCUAUACGCAGCUCAUCAGCAAGAUUAAGGGUGUGCCGCUGCAGGCGGUGUUGGACGACGAUGUGACUUCGCAGCAUUCCGGCGGCACUGCGUCGCCUACGCUCAGCUGCAAAUCGGAGGGCCAGAGUCAGAGCAGUGUGGCAGCCACAUCGAAUGGCGAAUUUACCCCCGUUCUGCUGCAGUACAAUGGCAGCACAUUUGCCCACGAGGAGGAAAACGCCAACGAUGCGCCGCCGAAGGUUGAGCUCUUGAAGAACACCAGCGCUCUGGCGUUGGCACAAAACUACAGUUCCGAUAGCGACGAGGAGGAUGAGGAGGAUGACAAUAGUAACAGUCAGGGACAAAAGCCACCUCCAUUAUUAAAUUUCCCGCUGCCCGAAGAGACGUUGCGCCACAUUAUCGACAAGACGGCAACGUAUGUGAUUAAGAAUGGCCGCCAGUUCGAGGAGACGCUCCGCACAAAGAGUGUCGAACGUUUCAAUUUUCUCCUGCCCGAACACAAGUUUUAUGCCUAUUAUAUGUACAAGAUAACCGGAGAUGUGGAUGCCGCAUCCAAGGAGGAGAAAACGCGUAAGGCAGCUGCCGUUGCUGCGGCGCUGAUUAGCAAGAAAGGCUUAGGUGGAACUGCACUUGGAGCAACAACAGCUGCUGCUGCAGCCACCACAACAGUUGCCACUUCGAGUGAAAAGUCACCUGUGUGCUUCUCGAUCAAGUCUCGUGAUGAGACGGCAACUUUGCAACCUGCACUGCCGCAAGAGACCAGCGACGAUGAUACUGACGAUGUUAAGAUGAAAGCAAAUACGGAACAGACGCGACCCGGCAUGCCAGACAGCGUGCAGCGAGCCAUCAAGCAAGUGGAGACACAACUGUUGGCGAGAAGUGGAGGACAGAAGACAACAACGGCUGCCGGGACAACAACGGGAGCGGGCGCAACAUUGCCAUUGAAAGAACAACGACAGGCUGAGGAGCGUGUCAAGGACAAAUUGGCGCUGAUUGCACGCGACAAGCUGAACGGCAUGGUAUCGCGAGAGAAACAGCUGCAAUUGGAGCGCAAGCGCAAGGCAAUGGCUUUUCUCAAUCAGAUCAAAGGUGAAAGCACAGGUGCUGUGGGAACAGUUGGCAAUGAGGCAACAGCACAGGAUGCAACAAAUGAGAAAUCCGAAGCAGUGCCAGCGAAUAACAAUGAGGACUCUAAUGACUCUGUACGUUCCAUACCCAUCACAUACUUUGGCCCCGACGACGAUGACGAUGAGGUUUUAGCACCGUCUGCGGUUGCGCAGCCGGCGCUGAAAGUUGACAACGAUGAUGAGGAGGAGGAUGAUGGUGAUCUGGAGAAAUAUAAUUUACUUAACGACGAUAGCACCAAUACGUACACCAGCAAAACGGCCACAGCGUCUGUCCUGCUGUCCGAUGAUGAUGACGUGCAGCUUGUGUCCACAGCGGCACCACUGCCAUCAUCAUCAUCCACAUCAAGUACACGCCACCGUCAUGCUGUGCGCCGCAGUCGCAGUGCGAGUCGCAGCAGCAGCAGCGCCAGUUGUUCCGGCACCCAAGAUGCUUCCGUGACCUCAUCCAGCAGCAGUCGGAGUCGGAGCCGCAGUCCGCAUCGUAAGCGAGACCGAGACCGAGAACGGUCCAGACACAAACGCAAAGCCAGCGCUAUUGCCAAGCAUCGUCGCCAUCGACGUAGUCGGAGUCGAAGUCGCAGCCGUAGUCGCACCUCAUCGCCUCAUCGUCGUACCCAGAGUCGGAGUCGCAGUAGCAGUCAUUCGAGCGCGCGACGUCACCGUGGACAUCAUAGAGACGAGGAGGAAAUGUCAUCGCGGCGACGUAAUCAUCAGCGGCAUGCCAGCAAAAAAGAGUCACAAACGCCACAAGAGACGGCGACGCAGCAGCGGCGGUUCCGUCUCCCAAUGAUGCAACACGCGCAUUGACUUAAGGAUCUUAGUUGUUAAUUUUAAAGACGAAAAAUGUACAUUUCCCAUUUAUCCUGUGCGUGUUCUCAUCAGCGUCUUCUAUUUAAAUGUUGAGCAAUCUUUUUGAAUGCUGAUUUUGAUUUUUUUUUGGCAGAAUACAAUAAAGGUUUAUAUAAAAA